UCUCCUGACAGAGCCGACGACGGUGGGGAUUCAGAUGUUCAUCAACUCCUUCGGCUCUCUUAACGCUGCUAAUAUGGACUACAGCAUCGAUGUGUUCCUGCGUCAAUACUGGAAUGACCAUCGUCUGAUGUUCAACAAUACACGUGCCCACUUCACCAUCACCGACCCCAUUAUGCAGGCUAAGAUCUGGAAACCUGACACAUACUUCAACAACGUUAAGGACGCCGAGAUACACAAGGUGACGAUGCCCAAUAUUCUCCUGCGACUACAUAGCAACGGUGACGUCCUCUACAGCAUGAG